UGACGCUAGUUUCCGGCGGGUUACUUAGAGCGCCGAACAGCUCUGGGCCAAAGGACCAUGAGAGGGCCGGAGCCGGGUCCCGAACCAACGAUGGAGGGAGACGUGCUGGACACACUGGAGGCGCUGGGGUAUAAAGGACCAUUGUUAGAAGAGCAAGCCCUUACAAAGGCAGCAGAGGGUGGAUUAUCUUCACCUGAAUUUUCAGAGCUCUGUAUUUGGUUAGGCUCUCAAAUAAAAUCAUUAUGCAACUUGGAAGAAAGUAUCACGUCUGCUGGAAGAGAUGAUCUAGAGAGCUUCCAGCUUGAGAUAAGUGGCUUUUUAAAAGAAAUGGCAUGUCCGUAUUCUGUACUCAUAUCAGGAGAUAUUAAAGAUCGUUUAAAAAAGAAGGAGGACUGUUUGAAACUUCUAUUAUUUUUAAGUACAGAACUUCAAGCUUCACAGAUACUACAGAACAAGAAACAUAGAAAUUCUCAAUUAGAUAAAAAUAGUGACAUUUAUCAGGAAGUUCAAGCUAUGUUUGAUACACUUGGUAUACCCAAGUCAACAACUUCUGACAUUCCACAUAUGCUAAACCAAGUGGAAUCAAAGGUGAAAGAUAUUCUCUCAAAGGUCCAGAAAAAUCAUGUGGGAAAACCACUGCUGAAAAUUGAUUUAAAUUCAGAACAGGCGGAACAACUUGAAAGAAUAAAUGAUGCUCUUUCCUGUGAAUAUGAGUGCCGCCGGCGAAUGUUAAUGAAACGAUUAGAUGUGACUGUACAGUCCUUUGGAUGGUCUGAUAGAGCAAAGGUAAAAACAGAUGAUAUAGCAAGAAUUUAUCAGCCUAAACGUUAUGCUUUGUCACCCAAGACAACAAUUACAAUGGCACAUCUACUUGCUGCUCGUGAAGAUCUAUCCAAGAUCAUUAGGACAAGUAGUGGCACCAGCCGGGAGAAGACCGCAUGUGCCAUCAAUAAGGUGCUGAUGGGAAGGGUGCCUGACAGGGGAGGCCGGCCGAAUGAAAUUGAACCACCACCCCCAGAAAUGCCCCCUUGGCAAAAGAGACAAGAAGGCGGCGGUGGAAGGGGUGGUUGGGGUGGUGGUGGUGGAGGUGGUGGUAGAGGAGGUGGUGGGGGUGGGGGUGGAAGAGGUGGCUGGGGGGGUGGAGGAGGUUGGGGAGGUGGUGGGGGAGGGGGAGGAGGGUGGGGGGGAGGAGGAGGAGGUGGUAGAGGAGGUUUCCAAGGCAGGGGAGAUUAUGGUGGAAGAGGGGGUUAUGGUGGAAGAGGGGGCUAUGGUGGAAGAGGCUAUGGAGAUCCAUAUGGAGGAGGAGGAGGAGGAGGUGGUGGUGGUGGUGGUGGUGGUGGUGGUGGUGGAUAUAGAAGAUACUAAAAACUACAAAAAUCAGAUAGCAGUGCUUGCUUCUUUAUAGAUACAUUAGACAUAGUGUUCUAAAUAACAUACUUGAAUAUCAUCUUUGAAGUAAACACCAUGUUAGACUCCCUGGUGAUAUCAUUCUUGAAUUGGUUAAUAUGUAAGAACAUUGUUUUUUACUGCCAGUUGAUCUCUCAAACGAAGUGAAGACUUUUUCCAUAUUCUAUGUACCCUUGAGCAUGUUGUGUCUUUUUAAAAAUCAAAAGAACAAAAAUUAUUUUUUAAAAUGUAAAUAAUACCAUCAAACUUGGAAAAUGGAAAGUAUUUUAUUGUCAUGAUUGAUUUUAGAUUGUUACCUGUAUUUUGUUCAGGUGUAGACAUAUACCCCACCUGUAAUGGAAAGGAAUAUAGACCCUUGCCUCACCUGUAUUGCUGUGGAUGUGUUUUGUGGGUUUUUCAUUUGAUUUUACAAAAUAGGGAAAGGCACUUCCAGUUGUAUUUAGUAGGCAGUUGUGAAUCAUUUUUAUCUCUUAUAGGAAGAGAUUCCUCUCUAGCCAUGUUUCUGUUAAAGUUUCAUUAAUUGAAGCCCAAGUUUUUUACUGUACAUACUUAUUUUCUAAUUGGAUUUGAAAUCUGCAUGAUUUUGUUUGACAAAGCAAAGUUUAAGAUUGAGGUCAGAAAUACUUUAAUGGAGCAAAGAUACAUACCAACUUCACAUGAUGGUGUGAGAAAUAGUCCUAUAAACUGGUAUCUUCAUCAUUUAUGCUCUCACUUUAGAUAUCCAAAUAUUAAAAGACAGGCUGACCUGUAUCACACAGAAUUAAGGCAGUAAUUUCCUGCUUCAGUAGAUCAAGGGUAGGGCUAAGGCAUCCCUUGGUAAUUCUGAUGCACAGCUAGAUUUGGGAAACACAAAGUUAGGGAAUGGCUAUAUGUGGUUUGCUAGUUGGAGCAGUCACCGUCUUAGCUCUCAAGAGUUGUGGAUUUGAAUCAUGGCACUAGGUCAGGGGUGCUAUGGAUUGCAGUGACCUUAGUUCUCAAGGAGUGAUUUGUCCUCAUUUGUCAAAUGAGGAAUGAGACACUUACCAUCAUCUCGGGUUGUUUCAUAAAGACCUAAGUACAAAUACAAUUUGUUAAAAACUUAUAGAGGGCCUAUUUGAAUGCCUUAAGAUGUAGGCCAAGUAAUGUAUUUUUCUCUUAGUGUAGAGAGUUAGAGAAAAAGAGCUGGUUCUGUAAAUUUUUUCAGUCUCAGUGUAAAAUCUGUAUCUCAUUGUAGGCUUCUGGUCAGUACCUGUGCAUAACAACUUAAUAUGAUCCAACCAACUCAACUGAUAGAAAGCUGAAUUGUUCCCAGUGGACAAGUGGUAUUUGAUGUUUAGCAGGUUUUUUUGUUGUUAUUUUUUUUGGUAAACUCUGGUACAAUCUAAAAUAAUGUUAAAACCUUAAAAGUAUUGAAUAUUCUGUAAUCUUAGACAUGUAUUUUUCAAGUUAACCCUUUGAAGAAAUGUGUUUAAGGUAGGAAAAUAUAAAAUUUUUUGGUUAUUU